GCCGCCGCAUCCCCGUGACGCGCCGGCCAACCAGGCGGCGUUGCGGCCUCGGCGCCCGGCUCCCUCCAACGCCGCCUCUCGCCGUGUCGCCGCAGACGCCAGCCACCGCCAGGCCCGUCCGCCCGCCGCCCAGAGCCCGCCGGUGCCCGCCGGUGCCCGAGCCGGCCGCAUGGCGCUCCGGGGCUUCUGCCUCGCCGAUGGCUCCGACCCCUUCUGGGAGUGGAAUGUCACGUGGAACACCAGCAACCCUGACUUCACCAAGUGCUUUCAGAACACCAUCCUCGUGUGGGUGCCUUGUUUCUACCUCUGGGCCUGCUUUCCCUUCUACUUCCUCUUUCUCUCCCGACAUGACCGUGGCUACAUUCAGAUGACACAUCUCAACAAAGCCAAGACUGCCUUGGGAUUUCUGCUAUGGAUUGUCUGCUGGGCAGACCUCUUCUACUCUUUCUGGGAAAGAACUUGGGGCAUAUUUCCGGCCCCAGUUUUUCUGGUCAGCCCCACCCUCUUAGGUAUCACCAUGCUACUUGCUACCUAUUUAAUUCAGCUCGAGCGAAGAAAGGGAGUCCAGUCCUCUGGAAUCAUGCUCACUUUCUGGCUUAUAGCUCUUGUGUGCGCCCUGGCCAUCUUGAGAUCAAAAAUCAUGACUGCCUUAAAAGAGGGCACUCAAGUGGACAUGUUCCGAGACAUCACCUUCUACAUCUACUUCACCCUCGUGCUGGUUCAGCUCGUGUUGUCCUGCUUCUCAGACCGUGCACCACUGUUCUCCGAAACCAUAAAUGACCCAAACCCUUGUCCAGAAUUCGGUGCUUCCUUUCUCUCCAGGAUCACCUUCUGGUGGAUCACAGGGUUGAUGAUCCGAGGCUACCGCCAGCCCCUGGAAAACACUGACCUCUGGUCCCUGAACAAGGAGGAUACGUCAGAGCAAGUUGUGCCCGUUUUGGUCAAGAACUGGAAGAAGGAAUGUGCCAAGUCCAGAAAGCACCCUGUGAAGGUUGUGUACUCCUCCAAGGAGCCCGACAAGCCAAAAGCAAACUCCAAGCUGGAUGUGAAUGAGGAGGCUGAGGCUCUGAUUGUCAAGUCCCCGCAGAAGGAGCGGGAGCCAUCCCUUUUCAAGGUGUUGUACAAGACUUUCGGGCCCUACUUCCUCAUGAGCUUCUUGUUCAAGGCUCUGCACGACCUGAUGAUGUUUGCCGGCCCAGAGAUCUUGAGGCUGCUCAUCAACUUCGUGAAUGACAAGAGCGCCCCCAGCUGGCAGGGCUACUUCUACACGGCACUACUGUUCAUCAGUGCCUGCCUGCAGACCCUGGUGCUGCACCAGUACUUCCACAUCUGCUUCGUCAGCGGUAUGAGGAUCAAGACUGCUGUCAUCGGGGCUGUCUACCGCAAGGCCUUGGUGAUCACCAACUCAGCCAGGAAGUCUUCCACCGUCGGGGAGAUUGUCAACCUCAUGUCUGUGGACGCACAGCGGUUCAUGGACCUGGCCACAUACAUUAACAUGAUCUGGUCAGCCCCCCUGCAAGUCAUCCUUGCCCUCUACCUCCUGUGGCUGACCCUGGGCCCUUCUGUGCUGGCUGGUGUGGUCGUGAUGAUCCUCAUGGUGCCCCUCAAUGCUGUGAUGGCCAUGAAGACCAAGACCUACCAGGUGGCCCACAUGAAGAGCAAAGACAACCGGAUUAAACUGAUGAAUGAAAUUCUCAAUGGGAUCAAAGUGCUAAAGCUUUACGCCUGGGAGCUGGCCUUCAAGGACAAGGUGAUGAACAUUCGGCAGGAGGAGCUGAAGGUCCUGAAGAAAUCUGCCUACCUGGCGGCCGUGGGGACCUUCACCUGGGUCUGCACCCCCUUCCUGGUAGCCCUGUCCACAUUUGCUGUCUAUGUGACCGUCAACAAGAAUAACAUCCUGGAUGCUCAGAAAGCCUUCGUGUCCUUGGCCUUGUUCAAUAUCCUCCGCUUCCCCUUGAACAUUCUGCCCAUGGUCAUCAGCAGCAUUGUGCAGGCAAGUGUCUCCCUCAAACGCCUCCGGGUCUUUCUCUCCCACGAGGAGCUGGACCCCAACAGCAUCGAGCGACAGUCCAUCAAAGAUGGUGGGGCUGCCAGCAGUAUCACUGUGAAGAAUGCCACAUUCACGUGGGCCAAGAAUGAGCCCCCCACACUGAACAGCAUCACCUUCUCCAUCCCGGAAGGUUCCCUGGUGGCUGUGGUGGGCCAGGUGGGCUGUGGAAAGUCAUCUCUGCUCUCUGCCCUCCUGGCCGAGAUGGACAAGAUGGAGGGCUACGUGUCUGUCAAGGGAUCUGUGGCCUAUGUCCCCCAGCAGGCUUGGAUUCAGAAUGACUCUCUGCAAGAAAACAUCCUUUUCGGGCGCCCACUGCAGGAAAGCUACUAUAAGGCUGUGAUAGAAGCCUGUGCCCUCCUCCCAGACCUGGAAAUGCUGCCCAGCAGGGACCGGACAGAGAUUGGUGAGAAGGGUGUCAACCUCUCCGGGGGCCAGAAGCAGCGAGUGAGCCUGGCCCGGGCAGUGUACUGCAACUCCGAUGUCUACCUCUUCGACGACCCCCUCUCAGCAGUGGAUGCCCAUGUGGGAAAACACAUAUUUGAAAAUGUCAUCGGCCCCAAAGGGAUGCUCAAAAACAAGACGCGGCUGCUGGUCACGCAUGGCAUCAGCUACCUGCCACAGGUGGACAUCAUCGUGGUCAUGAGCGGCGGCAAGAUCUCCGAGAUGGGCUCCUACCAGGAGCUGCUAGUGCGGGAUGGGGCCUUCGCUGAGUUCUUGCGCACCUAUGCCAGCAGUGAGCAGGAGCAGACAGAGCAGGAUGACGGGUCAAUAGGCCUCAGCGGCCCCGGGAAGGAGAUAAAGCAGAUGGAGAAUGGCAUGUUGGUGACAGACACAGCAGGGAAGCAGUUGCAGAGACAGCUCAGCAGCUCCUCCUCCUACAGCGGGGACACCAGCCGGCACCACAACAACACUGCUGAGCUGCAGAAGGCCGGGGCCAAGGAGGAGGAGACUUGGAAGCUGAUGGAGGCCGACAAGGCACAGACAGGGCAGGUCAAGCUGUCCGUGUACUGGGGCUACAUGAAGGCCAUUGGGCUCUUCAUCUCCUUUCUGAGCAUCUUCCUCUUCCUGUGCAACCAUGUGGCUGCUCUGGCCUCCAACUUCUGGCUCAGCCGCUGGACGGAUGACCCCAUCAUCAAUGGAACCCAGCAGCACACAAAGGUCCGGCUGAGCAUCUACGGAGCCCUGGGCAUCUUGCAAGGGAUCGCAGUAUUUGGCUACUCCAUGGCGGUGUCCAUCGGGGGCAUCUUUGCCUCGCGCCGCCUGCACCUAGACCUGCUGCACAAUGUCCUCUGCUCACCCAUGAGCUUCUUCGAGCGGACCCCCAGCGGGAACCUGGUGAACCGCUUCUCCAAGGAGCUGGACACGGUGGACUCAAUGAUCCCACAGGUCAUCAAGAUGUUCAUGGGCUCCCUGUUCAACGUCAUUGGAGCCUGCAUCAUCAUCCUGAUGACCACUCCGGUUGCCGCAGUCAUCAUCCCGCCCCUCGGUCUCAUCUACUUCUUUGUCCAGAGGUUCUAUGUGGCCUCCUCCCGGCAACUGAAACGCCUAGAGUCUGUGAGCCGCUCCCCGGUGUACUCGCACUUCAACGAGACCCUGCUGGGGGUGAGCGUCAUUCGCGCCUUCGAGGAGCAGGAGCGCUUCAUCCAACAGAGUGACCUGAAAGUGGACGAGAACCAGAAGGCCUACUACCCCAGCAUCGUGGCCAACAGAUGGCUUGCAGUGCGGCUGGAGUGUGUUGGCAACUGCAUUGUGCUGUUUGCAGCCCUGUUUUCCGUGAUCUAUCGGAACACCCUCAGUGCCGGCUUGGUGGGCCUCUCUGUGUCCUACUCCCUUCAGAUCACCUCAUACCUGAACUGGCUUGUUCGCAUGUCAUCCGAGAUGGAGACCAACAUAGUGGCUGUGGAGAGACUGAAGGAAUAUUCAGAAACUGAGAAGGAGGCUCCAUGGCGGAUCCAGGAGACCACCCCGCCCAAAAGCUGGCCCCAGGCAGGCCGCGUGGAGUUCCGGGACUAUGGCCUGCGCUACCGAGAGGACCUGGACUUGGUGCUCAAGAACAUCAAUAUCACAAUCGAAGGCGGGGAGAAGGUUGGCAUCGUGGGGCGGACAGGAGCUGGGAAGUCAUCCCUGACACUGGGCCUGUUCCGGAUCAACGAGUCCGCCAAAGGAGAGAUCAUCAUUGAUGGUGUCAACAUCGCCAAGAUUGGGCUGCACGACCUCCGCUUCAAGAUCACCAUCAUCCCCCAGGAUCCUGUCUUGUUUUCGGGCUCUCUCCGCAUGAACCUGGACCCCUUCAGCCAGUAUUCAGACGAAGAGAUUUGGACAUCACUGGAGCUGGCUCACCUCAAAGAGUUUGUGUCGGGCCUUGCUGAUAAGCUGAACCACGAGUGCGCAGAAGGCGGGGAGAACUUGAGUGUCGGGCAGCGCCAGCUCCUGUGCUUGGCCCGGGCCCUGCUCAGGAAGACAAAGAUCCUGGUGCUGGAUGAGGCCACAGCUGCCGUGGACCUGGAAACAGAUGACCUCAUCCAGUCCACCAUCCGGAUGCAGUUUGAAGACUGCACAGUCCUCACCAUUGCUCACCGGCUCAACACCAUCAUGGACUACACGAGGGUGAUUGUGCUGGACAAAGGGGAGAUCCGAGAGUGUGGGCCCCCCUCCGACCUCCUGCAACAGAGGGGUCUCUUCUACAGCAUGGCCAAAGAUGCCAGCUUGGUGUGAAGCUUCCAGUCAGAACUGCCGGGCCAAUGUGCUAGCCUCCUGGGAUAAGUCCACACAAGGCAACAUAAGACUGCAGUGCUAACAACAAAACCACGAAACCAAAACCCAAGAAACCAAAUAAACAGACCACAGUCACCACCUGCCCCCCUCUGCCCAGAAUUGGCCUUGGAGAAACCAGAGAGAUAGAGGGGCAGCCUGCCUGAUCACAGGUGUGACCUCUGCCACCCCUACUGGCACUCACAGCCUCAACCUUGGCAGGUGCACUGUACUCCAAGCUCUGUGGGGAGCUGCUGGCUUUGGAGAAAUUAACUGUGUAAGACAUGCUAGUGACCAAAUGCAGCCAACUGCCUCAGACAUCUGCUGCUGACACCUGUCUAAUUCCCAGUCUCCGAGGAGAUUCCCAGUCCCUGCUGGUACCCGGCACUUGUAAGGUCCUUGUCUGACUCCACAGGGGCCUGAUGCAAACCAUUUUUCCCCUUGGGCAGUGUCCCCAGGGGCCACCUGGUCUUCCGGGCACUCAGACUCGAGAACGGCUCCAGCUCCCAGUUCCAGACUUGCUCGCUAUUCUCUUCUCAUCAUUGAUAGGCCUCGCCAAACUCGGGGAGCCAAACCUGGGACUGUAGAGGGAAAGAGCAUUAUCUCUCAGUCCCAAUGUACCACCUAGCCCAGUUCCUCACCCAGCCUGGUCUUUUCCUCUCUCCUCCCCAGGCCUCUUGCUGGAAUGGGCUCAUUCCUCCAGGAACCUGAAAGAGGUUUGCAGAAAGAGAGACACAGGAAGUGUUCAAAGCCAAGGUCACUGAGUCCCUUUCAAGCAUAACCAGCCAGCACUGAAAAAGAGCCCCGUGGAGUCCCUUCCUCUUUCGCCUUUCCAUCUCUGCUAUAGGACCUAGCCAGCGAAUCCUGGUGGCAGAGUGGAGAAUUAGGCACUGAGUUACCUAGUCUUCCAGGACAACCAAAGAACCUACUUUGUGAGCAGCAGUGAUUUCUUUCUUUCCUUUUAUUUUAUUUUAUUUUUUUUAAUUUACUGCUCCUGAGAGAAAAAGCCUCAAGACUAAUUUCUGGGGAGCAAAUCUCAAGCCAAGGAACAGCCUUUGCAGAGAACAGCCUGACACCUUGGGUGAGUGUUCCUGGAGGACACUAGAGAAGUGAGAUCCUUCAGGGACUGUCCUCUGGGUCUCAGUUAGAGACCAACACAAGACACUGUCUCCCUGCCCCCACCCCCAAAGCAGACAACGGUCACUGCCACCCCAGGAUUCAUACUGUUGCGAAUCACGUGGGUGCCUUCAGAUGAGAAGCAUCUUCCUUUUUUCUUUUGUUUUCUUUUCGGUGGAAAUAAUAUAUUUAUUUUUUUUUGUAAGUUAUACCAUUCUUUCACAUUAGAUAAACCAAGAUUUUCUUGGGGAUCUUUUUGUAAAAAAGACUUACACUGGAAAAAUGCAAACCUUUGCAAGUAAUUUGCAAUAAAGAAAAACUUUAUUUCUUUCUA